AUGAUCCGCAGCUACUUUAAUCUAGACGACAUUGGUGCCUACGAGGAGCCUGUCGUCGUCACCUUCGCUGUCCCGUCGUUCAAUAUGGGCAAGGAUCUAACCGUUCGCACCCACGAAGGCGAAACCGUUUCCGAGGUGGCAGCGGGCUGUGUGGCAACCGUUCCUUUGUGGGCUGCGACGGCCCUCCGCACUGAGGGCUACGUCAGCGUCCAUGCGCCUCACAAGUUCUCCCUUGCCACGUUUCGCGAGUUUAAGACGGACCCACUUGCCCCCAGCCUUCAUCGCAAGUCGCCCUACUUCUACCAAGCCGGACUGCAGCUCUGCCGGCUACUGAGCAACCCCACGUCGGGCGGUCACAUGAGCGCCGAAGGCAACCGCCUUGCCGCCCAACUCUUCCGUCUCUACCAACUUCGCUACCUGCGCAUCAUCUUCGCUGCUGCAAAGAAAGGGUUUGACCUUAACGACAUUCGCGACAAGCUGGAGGAAUCGGAGCGGCACCUGCUCGACUCAUACCUUCGUGGCCAGGCAGAAGAAGCCCUUUGGUACGCGAAGUUUUCCUAG